AUGAAUCCAAAGAACGUUUCUACGGUUUCUGUCAUCGUAUUGGUCGUGCUUGGAUUAUGCAAUGCUGCCGUUGUGAAGCCUUUCAAAGCUGAUCAUCCAGAUGAGAAUAAAAUGAUUACUCGCAUUAAGCGUGCAAAAGCCGCAAAAGACAGACCUACUUGGAGUCCUUCGAUAUACAACGUUUUCCAUAAAUGUGAGGGCGACUAUGAACGAUAUUAUUGCUUCAAUGGUGGUACGUGCGUACAUGAAUACUUCGAGGGCGCUUAUGAUACCCACACUUGCACAUGCCCAGGGGAUACGUUUGGUCAUCGCUGCGAAUACUUAGAGUCUCUUGCUAGAUUUUAUCGUCCCGUAAAAAUGCCACCGUACGGUGCAGCUGAACUUAGCCCUUUGCUGACUGUGCUCAUCAUUGCAAUAGCAGUCGUUGUGGUGGCGAUUGUAGUGGCUAUGUUAUACUUCAGACGACGAACCUAG